AUGUCAGCAAUCCGCGGCAGAACACCCGGAUCCGAGAACUACUCGAAGGAGGAUGUACACAUCCUUCUCAACGAGAUUGAAAAUAUUCAACCAUCAGGAGCAAAAAAUAAUGAGUGGGAUGCUGUCUUGGGAAACUAUCAAAUCUAUGCUGAGCGUGAGAGUCGCGUGCUCCGCGACGUUACUUCGAUAAAGAAGAAGCUUCAGUCCCUACUGAACUCCACUAAGCCAACUGGAAAGCCCAGUUGUCCAGACAGCGUACGAAGAGCACGCCAAAUUCAGCGUGUGCUUGAAGAACGAGUGGGACACGAAGCAAACCUGGACGAUGGCGAAGACAGCGAGGAUAACGGCCCAGCGCCUGGUGGACACAGAUAA